UUCCAGCCCUUGGAACACCGCCCCGGGGCCAGACGUGGAACUACAACCCCCAGACUCCCCGCGCGACCGCACGUGAUUCCUCAGCCCCUGAGAGACAGAGCGCGGCUCCGUGAAGACCGGGUCCCCGGAGCACAGGAACCACCCGGUGGCCAAGGCGAGAGGGGCGCUGACUGGAGGAUCGAAGGCAGACUUUCCAGCAGCUCGAUGGCCUUCCCUAAGAAGAAACUCCGGGGUCUCGUUGCUGCCACCAUCACUCCAAUGACUGAGAAUGGAGAAAUCAACUUUCCUGUAAUUGGUCAGUAUGUGGAUUACCUGGUGAAGGAACAGGGAGUGAAGAACAUUUUUGUGAAUGGCACCACAGGAGAAGGCCUGUCCCUCAGUGUCUCUGAGCGUCGCCGGGUGGCGGAGGAAUGGGUGACACAAGGGAAGAACAAGUUGGACCAAGUGGUGAUUCACGUGGGAGCACUAAGCUUGAAAGAGUCACAAGAACUGGCCCAACAUGCAGCAGAAAUUGGAGCUGGUGGCAUUGCUGUCAUUGCACCUUUCUUUUUCAAGUCACAGAACAAAGAUGCCCUGAUAAGUUUCCUGAAGGAGGUGGCUGCCAAAGCUCCUGCCUUGCCAUUUUAUUACUAUCACAUUCCGUCAUUGACCGGGGUAAAGAUUCGUGCCGAGGAGCUGCUAGAUGGGAUUCAGGAUAAAAUCCCCACCUUCCAAGGACUGAAGUUCAGUGACACUGACCUCUUAGACUUUGGGCAGUGUGUUGAUCAGAAUCACCAGCGACAGUUUGACCUGCUGUUUGGGGUGGAUGAGCAACUGUUGAGUGCUCUGGUCAUGGGAGCAACUGGAGCAGUAGGCAGUACCUAUAACUACCUGGGGAAAAAGACAAACCAGAUGUUGGAGGCUUUUGAAAAGAAAGACUUCACUUCAGCACUGAAUUACCAGUUUUCUAUCCAGAGAUUUAUCAACUAUGUGAUCAAGCUAGGUUUUGGAGUGUCGCAGACCAAAGCCAUCAUGACGCUGGUCUCUGGGAUUCCAAUGGGCCCACCCCGGCUGCCCCUGCAGAAGGCCACCAAGGAGUUUACUGCUAAUGCUGAGGCCAAGCUGAAGAGCCUGAAUUUCCUUUCCUUCUCUGAUUUAAAGGAUGAGACCGUGGGAGCCUCUAGCUAAUGCCUGUUAAGUCGGGGCACCUUCAGUUUACCCACAUUGUUUUCUCAGGGACUUCUUAGAUAAAUUUGAACUAAGCUUUCUUUUAGCAAAUGGAAUCCCAUACCAAUCAAGAAAUAUUUACAUGUCAAUUAUGAACCUAAAAGUUUCUGUGUUGUAAAGGAUACCUAAGUCAUUUAUUUCACAAAUUGUAGAGAAAUCUUUGCUUAUACAGAUACA